UUGUAUUUAAAGUAAAGUCAGCGUUAGUUAAGGCAGUUUUUGACAUGUUAAUCUUGAUGUGUUUUAAAAGCUGUCAAUCACAUUACUGAGGCAGCUUGAAAGGAAGACUUAUAGUGAAGGCACAUACUUUUGGAUGUUCACGGUGUCUUCAUUUUACCCAAAACUAAGGUCUUCACAAUAGAUUUCUGAAUGUCUUAUUCUUUUAUUUGGGCCUCCUGAUUCAGUUCUUUACAACAGAAAAGUUGUUGCUGUCCCUUUGAAGCAUGACUCCACGGGAUCACAUGAGAAAAAUGUCUAUCCUAGGAGAACAAGGAACACUAGAAGAAAAGCACUUAUACCGAUUAGCAAGUGGCAUGGCAGCAGGAGAACUGCGGCAGCGGCAAGAGAUGCUAAUGAGAAAUCAGUUGAUGGCAGUAAACCCUCAGCUAAUGGGCGCAGGCCAGCAGAGAAUGCAGGCAAUUCCCUCCCAGUUUGAGCCUCGACUGGUAGACAGAGAUCUGUUGCCUUCAACUGAAAUGAUGGCGUCAGCUGAUCCAAGACAAAUCCAUAUUGCGUCACACCUUGGACCCACAGUCCCACAGCACGCAAACAUGCCAAACAUAUUGUCCAACCGUGUUUACCCAGGCCCAGGAUAUAGCUUUCUGCAACCAGAAUCCAUGGAAGCUGUGGCCAGGAGACAGGAACUGGUUCAAAAGCAAAAUAUUGCCAGAAUGGAAAUGGAGAUGAGUGCUAUUUUUCAGCAAAAAGAAAUGGAGAAAGCUCAUCGGAAAGGGCUACUGGGCCUGGAAGCACCUUUCCUUUACCAUGGGAUGCCAGCUAGUCCCAUCGCUUUCCGUGGCAGGCACAGACUACCUGAAGGCCAUCUUCCCAGCGACUUAUAUGUUCAUCGUACCACCCUUGAUGAAAUUCAUGGCAACACUAUGCUCAUGGCAACCAGCCCAUACCCUCCAGUCAGCACUUUGCAAAGGGAGAGGGCACGUCGACCAGGGAGGAGAGCUGGAAAUCACAAAACUGCAGACUGUAGUGCCAAUGGCACAAAGAACCAAGCUGAUGACAAAACUACGGACCCUGCUUCAGCUGCAGCGGAUGAUGAGAAAGAAGACAAGAAAGAAGCAGAGGUGGAGACACCAAACAAACAUGAACAAAGCAAAAACCAGACUGAGCCAUCUGCAGUUGCCAAAAAUUGUAAAGAGUUUGAACAAGGCUUGAGAAAAAACUGUGCUACUCAUGAAAUUUCUACUGAAACCAACAGCUGCAGCAACACAAAUGAGAAGGAAUCUAAUAGCUCCUGUGCUGCUUUUGAUGAGAAGUACAUGUACCCUUCUGCAAUCCCAUUCUCAGCAUUGCCAUACGGAUUUCCAGUACCCAGCAACCCAUUGCUACCUUCAGGAGCACAAGGCCUGAUCCUAAAUGGAGAAGACAUUUCUUCCAUUGAAGACAUUCGCAAGUGGACUGUUGAUGAUGUAUACAACUUCAUCGUUAGCCUUCCAGGCUGUUCAGAUUAUGCCCAGAUAUUUAAAGACCACGCUAUUGAUGGAGAAACCCUCCCACUGCUAACAGAGGAACAUCUCCUGGAUACAAUGGGAUUAAAACUCGGACCAGCAUUGAAAAUCCGCUCUCAGGUGUCCCGACGUUUGGGCAAUGUGUUCUACAUGAUGAAUCUUCCUUUGUCCGUGCCCCUGCCACCUGCUCCAGGCAAACCCUCAGAUCAGCCCUCCGACAUAGCCUCCCCUCUUCACUGCAAUAGCAGUGGCGAUACGCUGGAUAGUCCCUGCUCUCAGGACCCAGAAACUUCAAAAGCAGCGGAACAGAUCGUUUCAGAAAGCAGGGAAAACCCAUGUGACACAGCUGGAUCUCAGGCUGACUUCCAGAUGAUCACUUUUCAGAAAAGUUGAGCUGAGUCUAGGACAUAAACUAUUUUUAAUAAUACAGGAACCUCUAGUUACAGUGUUUGAGAAGAUAGCUACAGUCUGAAACCUCUGUAUGACGGGGGCUGAGUGAAAUAAUCUGCAAAUGUAGCAUGAGGAAGUAUGGUAUCUGAAAAGCAUUUAAAAAAUGCAACUACAUAUUAGUGCAAUUACUUUCAAGUGCAAUUCAUUGAAAAGAAUACUAGUACAGUUAACAGAUAAAUCUAAUUUUCCACUGAAGUCCAGUGUGAUCACUGAAAUCUGUCAGAGACUCAGUGCAUUGUCUGUCUUACAGCGUGUACCUGCUGAGAAACUACAAGGAAAAGUUACAGCUUCCACACAUAGCUGACUUCUGCAGAAAAUUUAGACGGAAUUCACUGGGAGAGUAUGGAAUUACCUGCAGAAUGUAGAGAAAUACACCCUAGACUCAACAAUUUGAGUUAAUUCCAUUGCUAUUCUAGAACUAAGCCUUUCUAAGUGCCUGGUAAGGGUAUACAGGGUAUAGACGAGACACAUGCAUUAAACCCUGGACAUGAAUUUACAGUGUGUAACGGCAAUUUUAAUUAUUCCGAGGCAUUCUUAUCGAUGGGGUUUGAAUUUGCUUUGCGUGAUUGCACAGCUGAGCUGAGUUUAGGAGGAAGCAUGAGCAGACUCCGCCAUGAAGACCAGUCACUGGGUCAGUAACGUUCCUGCAGGCAGCAGGCUCAAAGCCACCCGGCUCCUGCCAACCUCUGCGGCAGCACCCUUCCCCUCAGGUCACCUGGGCAAGCCAUGGAAAGCCCUUCACUCAGCAGCAUGCUCAGUGUUCUUCAUUUUGGAAGAGGCCACCAAUGCUAGCCUGAAAGCUCCCCUUUCUCUGCAAAAAUACGAUUUCCCCUCACUUCUGCCACUGACGAUUCAUUACCUCACAGCAAACAAGAACCACAAAAUAGAGGUUUUAGCUAGGGAUAAAGCCCCAGCAUUUUAUUGUGAUCCCUGUGUGGAUUAUCUUUGUUCCCUCUUUAGGGGUUUGGUCACACACUGGUCUUCCGCUGAGGCUUUGGAAGUCAGUAUACUACAGUGCUGUCUUCCACUCUCUUCCUUGCAAGAACACUUCUUUACUCCAAAGAACACACAAAUUAUUUUUGAUAAAAUUAAUUUCUGUAAAUUGAGGGUUGAUAGAUUGUGGAUCUGCUGUAUAUUGCUACUUUAGAUUCUCUCCCCUUAGUUUAGUUUGUGUGGCCUCAAGUACUUAAA